AUGUCGUCCGAGUGUAACUAUUUUGGAAUUGAUAUUGGAACGGCUACAUCAUGCUGCUAUCAAUGGAGUAAUAACGAUGCUUGUGUAUCCAAUUCGUAUCGCCCGCUGACUCUUUCAGUUGUGCUGCUAGGAAAGAAAACAAAAGUGGGUGAAGAUGCAAUUAAUUCAUAUAGAUUUGACAAUCAGUGCCUUCUCUAUAAUGUGAAGCGAAUUAUUGGUCGCGACGUUACAGAAAUUCCUCAAAAUGAUAAGGACCACUUUCCUUACAAGCUGGGUGUCAGAGAAGACAGAACGGCCAUAAUUUUGCCCCAAGGGAAUAAAGCUAAUAAGAGUUAUAUUUUUCCUGAAGAUGUGUAUACGGAAAUUGUGAAGAGUAUAUUACCACCGAAUUAUGAUCAGCUAAAAGGGAAAAAGUGUGUUGUAGUCACAGUUCCUGAGAAAUUCAAUGCUAAGCAAAGAGCUGCCACCAUUAAUUCCGUGGAGUGCCUUGGGUUUGAUGAAGUUCGCUUAUUUUCUGAGCCUUGCGCGGCUGCCUUUUCGUACUUCCAUAAGGAACACAUUCAAAAUUCCCAAACGUUUGUAGUGUUUGAUUUUGGAGGAAGUACUCUUGACAUUGCACUCAUCCACUUUGCUGACCAUAAUUUCAAGGUUUUGGCCGUCGGAGGCCAUCCUUAUUUGGGAGGCAUUGAUAUUGACAAUGCCAUUAUCGACCUCAUUAAAGAGAAAUUCAGGAUCACACAGAAAAUAUCGCCUAUGCUUGAGUGGAAGUUGAAAUUAAAAUCAGAGAGUAUAAAAAAGGCAUUAGCCUAUUCUAGUCAAAUCGUAAUUCGAAAUACUGAGCUAUUUGAAGACGAUUUAGUACCAGAAGCUCAAAUCACUAUCAGCAAAGCUGAACUGGACAGGGUGAUUGAUCCCGUUCUUACCUCGGCUGUCGACAUGGCGUAUCAGGAGAUAUCUACAACUGCAGAAUUCAAGCGUGGAGAGAUCUCGAUGAUUCUUCUGACAGGAGGAACUUCACAGAUUCAGCGUCUUGAUAGAAUGGUUCAAGAAAGGUUCCCAUUAUGCAAAAUCUCAAAGAUCGACCAAAUGUCCGUUGCCCGAGGAGCUUGUCUCCAAGCUCACUGGGAGUUCUGCGUGUCAGCGAACAACCGGAGCAGCGUCGACUUGCUCAUGCAGCCAAUUGGCAUUCGAACGACAGACGGCAUCACCGAGGUGCUCCCCAGCACCACAAAGAUCGGCGAGGAGGUCACAGUUCCCUUUAAUUUCUAUCCAUCCUAUGACUAUGCACAGGAACUUUUAAUUUCGCUCUUUCAGGGAGACUGGGAACGUUUUGAAGGGCAGUCGAAUAUUGGCACCAUCAAGAUCAAUAUUCCCCAUCCUGAUAGGAUAGACAAUGUGUGCAUCACGCUGAUCUUGAGCUAUAAUAAGGAUUGCCUGCUUUGUUUCAGAGCUCUCGUGAACAAUCAGGAGGUUUACUACACCACGAUUCACGAUCGAUGGCACAGCACCAAUCCUUAUUACGAAUCACAGAACAAAGAAGUCGUGAAUCGACUUAUUAGUGAUAUUCGAAUUCACGCAGAGUACUCUCCAGAUGGCAAAAGGAUUAUCAAUGAAAUGCUGGCUCUUCAGGAGAGAAGGCACAAUAACCAACUGAGUGAGAUUGAGUAUAUUACUGGUCUGCGUUCGUUGGAGCAACAAGUCACAAGUUAUCUCUCAACCAGCAUAAUUGUCAAAAAAUAA